UGCGGUAACUGACGCUUCUCUGAUAAUCGACUUCACUUUCGUCGUUGCUUCGAAUAAUCUCUUCUCUCAAACGCUCUUCAUGAGAUCAGUUUGAGAUACUGCAUCCUACAUCCUGGUAAACAGAAGAAAAAAAAAAGCCCAAUGAGAUAGGGGUAUGCUAACAAGCUGAGCUUAUAGGUGGGACCUUUGUGUAGCAGGAACCAGCUGGGAGGUUUAGAUCACCUGUUUUACCGGGGAGUCUCCAUUAUCAGGUGCGGCUGAAUGCUACGUUAUAUUAAACGAACUUACUUCAGCCGUCUGGCUCCGAUGAUGCGGUUACCCAGCGCUUUCCCUUGUCUGUCUGUCCUAGUGAUGUUAGCCACCAUAACACUCCUUAAUGUAGGUUACAGCACGUCGCUGCAGCUAACCUCCACAGGACCGCAGACGAUCAAGCGGGCCGAGGGGGAGAGUGUGACCCUGGGCUGCACCUACACGCCAGGUAGCUCGGACACCGGCGAACUGGACAUCGAAUGGUCUGUGGUCAGCCCAGAUACCACUCAGAAGGACCAGCUGCUCCUCUCCUAUACCGGGGGGCGAAAGUAUAUCCAUGGCAAACCCGAGCUCGUCGAGGGGCUGGGUUUCGCUGCAGGUGACCCCUCCCUUGGUGACGCGUCCCUGAUCAUCGCCUUGCUGUCACACGGACAUUCUGCCACCUACCAGUGCAAAGUGAAGAAGUCUCCAGGGGUGGAUAUGCGGAAAGUCUCUCUGGUUGUUAUGGUGAAGCCGUCGAAGCCCAGGUGUCGGGUGGAGGGUGGAGAGGAGGUGGGCAUGCCAGUCUCCCUCCACUGCAAGUCUGACCAGGGAUCCACUCCUCUCAGCUACGCCUGGACUGUGGAUCGAGUCGGCCCAGUCUCCACGGCCAACAUACAGAACAGCGUGACAGGUGAGCUCCUAAUCAGGAACCACUCAGAGAGCUUCGCUGGCGUCUACCUGUGUGAGGUCACCAACGCCGUGGGGGCGGAGCGCUGCCGAAUCAGGCUGAGAGCUGUCAAACCUCCUAACAGAGCAGGGGUGAUCGCUGGAACAGUGGUAGGGUCUCUCCUCCUCCUCGUCAUCAUCGUGCUGCUCCUCUGUGUCUUCCUCUACAAGUGGAGAGGCAGCCCGCGGUACGAGAAGGAGGUUGCCAACGAGAUCAGGGAGGACGCCCCCGCCCCAGAGAGCCGCCCGGGAAGCCGAGGAGGCAGCCUGUACUACAGCCAGGUUCCCCGCUCCCAGACCGGCCGCACGGACACAGCACCCCCACUGCCUCCGGGCUCCAACAGCACAGGGGACGUGCCUCUCAAGUACGACGGCCAGUACGGGUGCAUAGUGUGACUCUGGACAGGUGGAGAAGGGUCUGGAAUGCUCUAGAAUGAUCUGGGAUGAUAUAGAAGGCUCUAGAAUGAACUGGGAUGAUCUAGAAUUCUCUGGGAUGAUCUAGAAUGCUUUAGAAUGAUCUAGAAUGUGCUUGAAUGAUCUGGAAUGCUGUAGAAUUGUGCAGAACCUUCCAGGGUAUGUGAAUGGGACGGCCAGGGAAAGACUAAAGUGUUGUGUUUGUGUGUUUUGCUGAGAAGUUUUCAAGGUACUCAAUUUUAGAAACUUGGGAUUGUUUUUUGCCCUGAGCGAGAGGUGUGUGUGCCUGAAUGAAAGUACCGAAGGACGUCUGUAAUAGUUCUAUUGUCAAAAAGCAAAAUGUUGUCUGUUUGAUUGAAAGUUGUUUGUGAAUAGGACAUUGAUUUUAUAAUUGAAAAGUUAUCUAUAAUAAAUGUUUGUCAUUGUCA